AUGAAAAACAAUAAAUACUAGCUGAGAGUAACAUUAGACAGUACUCCUUCCACUUUUUAAACUAAUGAAACCUUGUCUUUAUGGGAAAAUCUAUAAAGAUCUAAAGAUUCUCCAAGAAAAUCAAAAAUAAAAAUUGCAAGAGACCCGCUAGAGAAUGAAUGUCCAUUGUAAUAACCGAACCCAUUUUUAUUUAAUGAAUAGUUAAAGCAUAGUUUUAGGGAUUAUUUGGAAGGUUAAAAGACGGCAUUAAAUUUAGUAAAUGAAUGUAAUCAUAUCAUAAGUUCAUCACAUAAGAUGGAUAAACUAAAAUUAUUUUCAAAUGUACAUAAAUUUCGAAGUUAAUUAAAAUAAAGAUCCUCUGUUAGAAUGUCUAUGAUCUAAAAUAAUUCAUAGGCUGAAGAUCUUCUUUAAAGAAAAAUUAAGAUCUAAGAAAGGUUUAAUAAAAUUCAGGCAUUAAUUCAAUAAAGAAUGCAUGCUAAAAAUAAAAAAGAAUCACUUAGAGAUGUUCAAUUAUUCAAACAUUUAUUUGAAACUUGCGAGAAGAAUGUUAAUAAAAUUAAAUCGAAAAAUCUACUCUCAGAAAAAGCAGAUGGAGUAAGAGAAUAUGAUAAAAUUAAAUAUUCAAAGAAUCCAUAAGGAUAAUUAAGAGUACGUCUAGAUAAUGAAGCCAAUAUUAAUUAAUCUAAUAACUUAAGGAGUAAGACUUUACCAGAUUAACAAACAAUUCAUUUAACAAGAAAGAAGGAACGAGAAAAAAUGAAUGCAAAACUUACUGAGUUUCUAGAACAUGAUCAAAAUCAAGAAAAGAAUCUACUUCUUAAGGCUAAGAGAAAUCUAAUAAGAGAAUUAAAGAAUGGUAAUAAAAAAUUCCAUUAAUUCGAACCUAAUCGUUACAAUAUUACAGAUCCCUUGAGUAAAGAUGUGAAGUUUUAUGCUUAUAUGUUUAUGAAGCCUAAAAAUGAUGAUGUUUUAUAGAAGAAGGAUUAAAAGUAUAAGUUCUUGUGUAAAACUACGAGAGUUCAACAAAAUACUCAGAGACAUUACUUAGCCAAUUUUAAUGAAUAACAAUCUAAUUCCAGAGAUGAAAGCUUAGAGGAAGACUCUUCAUUCAACUCUAUGCUUGAAAUCAAUAUUGACAAUCUGUAUAAACGAAGCACUGAUUUGUAAAAUAUGAUUCUGAAUACAAAAUCUGAAAAGUUUGUUAAAAGAAUUAGACAAUUCCAAAAAGUGCAAUCCUUAACUACUUAAAUAAUUAAAGUGAAUGAAUAAAAACUAUCUAAUACUAAAUUAUUAUGA